AGAGGCGCAGAGGCCUUGGACAGCUCCCAACCCCGAGGGACAGACGGCCCGAGAGACUUAGGCAGCCGACACCGGGACGAUGGCGACCCCGGUCUCCGAAAGCCCGUCGGUGUCCCUCAGUUGGUUGGACUACAACUCCGGCUGGGACGACGAGGGCGCGCCUUCGGGGCGGCUGUCGGGGACGGACGUGAUAGGGCUGAUCAUCUACGCGGUGGUCUUCGUGGUGGGGGUGCCGGGCAACGCGGCCGUGGCCUGGGUGACCGGGGCCGAGGCGCGCCGGACGGUCAACGCCGUGUGGUUCCUGCACCUGUCGGUGGCCGACCUCCUGUGCUGCCUGUCGCUGCCCCUCGUGGUCGUGCCCCUGCUGCGGGAUGGCGACUGGCCCCUGGGCGACUUCGCCUGCCGCGUGUUGCCCUCGCUGAUCCUGCUGAACAUGUAUGCCAGCGUGCUGCUGCUGACCGCCAUCAGCGCCGACCGCUGCGCCCUGGCGCUGCGGCCCAUCUGGUGCCAGAACCACCGCACCUCGCGGCGGGCCUGGGCCGUGUGCGGGGCCUCCUGGGCGCUGGCCCUGCUGCUGACCGUGCCGUCCUUCGUCUACCGCAGCGUCCACGAGGAGCCGUUCCCGCCGCGCACCGACUGCGGGCAGGACUACGGCGGGCAGAAGGAGGUGGAGGAGGCCGUGGCGGCCGUGCGCUUCGUCUUCGGCUUCCUGGUGCCCCUGGCCGUCAUCGUCGGCUGCUACGGGGGGCUGCUGGCCAGGGUCUGGGGCCGCCGGGCCACGCGCUCCCCCAAGACGCUCAAGGUGGUCGUGGCCGUGGUGGUCGGCUUCUUCCUCUGCUGGUGUCCCUACCAGGUCAACGGGCUGCUGCUGGCCAGCUCGAAGCCCACGUCGGCCCUGCACCGCCGGGCCUUGGCGGUGGACAGCCUCACCGUCUCCCUCGCCUACAUCAACUGCUGCCUCAACCCGGUCAUCUACGUGGUGGCCGGCCGCGGCUUCCAGCACCGCUUCCGCCGCUCCCUGCGCUCCGUGCUCUGGCGAGCCCUGGCCGAGGACUCCGUGGGGCGCGACAGCAAGUCCGUCACGCGCUCCACGGUGGACGAGAAGAGCUCGGGCCUGUGAGGGGCUUCGGCCCGGCCCGGCCCGGCCGGCCCGUCCACCCCCGGGGGACUCUUCGCCCCGUGUCCCCGCCCCCGACCCCGAGCCUGCCCCCCCGGGAGGGUGCGGUGGGGCAGGCGGAGGAGCGGGCCGCUCCGGGCCCUGGGAUCUACGUGUCACUCGAGGCCUGCUUCCGUCCCGGUCGCAAUGGCCCGGCUUCUCCUCCCACUCCGGGCCCUGCCUGUCUCCUUCGGAACUCCCCACCCCGCCUCCAACGCCUCCUCACCGGCCUUCUCCUCCCUUCACCCACCCCCUCGGAUCCUCGGCCUCUCCCAGGUGUCGCCCGCCUGCCCCUCCGCCCUCGCCCUCCUCGACCCCCUCCACACCUCUCUGGUCCUCGUUUCCCUCACCUCUCCGACCCAGUCCCUUCCCCAUCCUCCCCGUCGCCCCCCAUCUGGAGGCCCUCUCCCACCUAAUCCUUCCAGCCCCUCUUUGGCCCUUAAUUUACGGUUUCUCGAUCCCCUCGCCCCCGGAGGCCCGUUCGUUUCGGGAGGGGGAUACAAGGGUGUGUGUGGGGGGGGGGGGGGUCCUCGUUUUCCCUCUUUCAUUAA